AUUACACAGGAUAUAUAGUAUAUUUCAUUUUUGUUGAUAAAAAUAACCGAAAUUUCUUCUUUCUUACACAUCUUUUUCUUAUAUAAAACUGUCUUGCACUUUGCUAUACCCUGAAUCUAUUUCCGUCACACCCAAGUGCAAUACAAUACAAACAAGUGCAUACAUCAUAUCGAGUAUAGUUUUUCAUUUGCUCACCUGAAAUAAUUUCUGAAAUCCUACAAAGCCAAAACUGAAGAAUAGAAAUAUCCAGAACAUAGCAUUCACCAGUUGCCAGUUUUAUUGAUAGAAACCGUUAAAUAUUAGAAGGAUGGCAAUGCUAAGCAACAGCCAUUUAGCUAAAAUUACUAAGGCUGCCCCUCAUCCAGUGCAAAUGUUUCAAACUAUUAUAGACAAAGCAAAACCACAAUUAUUAAUCAUGAAUUUGGCCACACAAGACAAUACAUAUGGUGUUCUCAAUCGUUCCGUGGUAUAUCGGGGGCUUUCCCAGGAUGAACCUACCCCACACAUCUGCUUUGUUACCGAGAAAAAUUCCCAUAAAUAUCAAACUUUACGUGAAAAUCCUAAAGUUGCAGUGACUAUACUCUGUUCAAUUCCCGAUAUUGAAUUGUGGCAAAUUCGUUUAUUUAAUGCCGAAGCUGUUGAAAUAAAUGAUAAAGAAAUCUUAAAGAAAUUCUGGCUAGAGGAACCUUUAUAUGCCAAAAUCCGUAGUCAUAUUUGUGAAUGCGGCAAACCUAAUGAGGGCGAGGAACUUGAUCGAAAAUAUCAAGAAAUUUUAGAACUUUACGAAAGGGAAUCUAAAGAACCGGAACAAACGAAAUCAUAUACUGCUUUUAAAAUAAUACCAAAAACAUGGGAUUUUUACAAAAGUGAACCCAAUAAAAUUGCCGAUCGUGUGCAAUAUAAACUAAUUGAGGGAGAAACGGAUAAAUGGCAAGUUUAUCAUGUUGAUGCCUAGACUUGCAUGUCUUAUAUAUAACUUUUAUUUAUUUCACAAAUAUUUAUUAAAUACAUAAAAAAAACUGCAAAUAAAUGUUUUUAUGCAGAUUUUCGAUCUUUUUUUAAACGGA